AUGGUGAAUGGGGGAUGUAUCUCAUUCUGUUCAGAGAAGGAAAGCACUCCUGAGCUGACAGCAGAAGGAAACUUGCUGCGCUGUAGACAGAACCUGCCAGUUCAGCCUGGAGCCCAGUACCACCACAGCAGCCACUGUGAACCACCCACACAGAACCUUCACCUGCAGGAAAGCCCCCAUCGAGACACCAGGUCUGCUGGCUUUCAGACGGAUCUCAGCUCGUCAUCUCUGUCCGGCGGCAUCAAUAGGUGUCAUGCGUUGCUGUCGUACCCCAUCAAACAGGAGGGCUACAAGCUGGGAUCGGCCCUGGGCGACUUUUCAGGAGGGAUGGGAGCAGGUCGCAGGGAACUGGACCGUCCGAGCAGUGGUGGUGGUGGUGGUGAAGGUAACUUAGCAACAGUUCUGUCGUUGUCGGCAAUGGCAGUGACUGUGUAUCCAUUUAAUAAUGAAGAUGGCUCCUCCCCGCUUGCUUUGUCCCUGAGCUCGCGUCACUCAGCAAGGCCGAAUGCGAGCGGACUGAAGAAACGCUGCCUCUCAGUGGACUCCCAGUCAUCCACACAGGGAAUCGAUAUUGCCAGAAACAUCUGCUCCUCCCAGAUGUCCUGCGUUAACGGCCUGCGCACCAAUUCAUCGUCGCCUAACGCCGCCACGUUCUCCCACAAGCCUCUCCCCACACCCAGCCCUCAGCUGCCUUCACCUUCCAGCUCGUCCUGCCUCCUUCCCCUCUCCUCUUCGUCCUCGUCCUCCACGGUGUCGCCGGUGGAGCAUUGUGAGGACGUAGGCUCCAUGCAGCCGGGGCCCGGCGUGGGUAGCUGCGAUGGGCUUGGACUUCUCAUACAGCCCGGCGUUGUGCUGGACAGCUGUAUGCCGACACUGAAACAGGAACCGGUGGAUGAGUUCUCUCCAAGUGAGGAGGAGCUCUUUCAGCAUCACUAUCACCAUCUGACGAGCCACGGAAGCCACUGCGGUGGGCAUUCCCACCAGCACCACCACCAUCAUCACCAAACAGGCCCCCCACGGCCACCCAUGCCCCCUCCCUACCACCUGCACCAGUACAUGGGCUCCGGCCCAGGAGCUCUACUGAAUCUUCAGAGCCAGCAACAGUCUCCACCCUCAGGCCUGCUGGCACCACCCAAGCCCACAGGCCUGGUCGAACAGCAGGUGUGCGACAGGGAGGAUGUAUUUAGCGAUAAGCAGGUAUGCCGAUGGAUUGACUGUAGCGUGGCGUAUGAGCAGCAGGAGGAGCUGGUUAGGCAUAUUGAGAAGGUCCACAUCGACCAGCGCAAGGGCGAGGACUUCACCUGCUUUUGGGCCGGAUGUGUCCGGCGCUACAAACCCUUCAACGCCCGCUACAAAUUGCUCAUCCACAUGAGGGUUCACUCUGGAGAGAAACCCAACAAAUGCAUGUUUGAAGGGUGUAACAAAGCUUUCUCACGGCUGGAGAAUCUGAAGAUUCACCUGCGGAGUCACACAGGAGAGAAGCCGUACAUGUGCCAGCAUCCAGGCUGUCAGAAAGCAUUCAGCAACUCCAGCGACAGGGCAAAGCACCAGCGCACACACCUGGACACUAAACCAUAUGCAUGUCAGAUCCCAGGCUGCACUAAACGCUACACAGACCCCAGUUCCCUCCGCAAACAUGUGAAGAUCCACUCCGCCAAAGAGCAGCAGGCCCGUAGGAAGGGCCUUGGCCUCUACGCCGGCUCCAGCACGACACACAAUGGAGCCCCACUUGAGUUGCUCUCUUCUGGACUUGACCUGCCCCCCAGGCAGCCCCGCCUGGACCGCGACAUUGGAAGCCCCCACCAUCUCUCCCCGUUGUCUGGCCUCGAGAACACCCGGGAAGGGUUGUCUGGAGCUUUGCUGUCUACAGGGAUCAAUCUGCUGAAGGCCGCUACAUCUCCUCCACCAACACUAGAGAAGCAACAGAACUCCUCUUCCAGCCAGCAACACCUCCACACUCACCAUAAACCCUACACCACCUUCCACAACCUGCCUUCAAGUGAGGAUUACCGUGGCAACUUUCAGAGCUGCUUCCAUUUUGGCGACGGCUACAGAAUGGACCAGUCCAUCAGUGGUGGCCAUCAACCUGCAGAGUCCCACAGCUUCAACACAAACCCACACAACGGUUUCCACAUGAGCUGUUCCACCAGCACCCCUUCCACAGGUUUCAGCUUGGUGUCGGACAUCAUAGGAUCAGGUUGCCAGUUCUCACCGGGCACAGAGGAGAGUGUUUUCUUUCAGGUGGGUGGCUUCGAUCGCAGCUUGAGCCAGAUGUCAUCAGUGUACACAGAGACAUAGGACCAGCUUACCUUGUCGGCCAUCAACACAAUUGUCUUCUUUCAGACCAAACACUUUUUAAAAUUAUUUUCUUUCGUCUAUGCAGUUUCAACCUGUCAAGAGUUUACAGUUUUUCUCAAAAUUCACUUUUUUUUAAUUUCCCUAAAAUGCAUGGUUGGAUCACUUCAUUGGACUGAAAUAUCUGCUUCCUUUACUAGCCGAAAAGCUGCUAUUCCAUGACAACGAAGGUUAAAUAAUGAGGGGUUUGUGUUGUGGAGUGUUUAUUUGUGGGAUGUUAUGAAAUUGCGGUUUUUUUCACAGUAUUUUGAACGAUAUGUUCAAAGUCUCAUGAGAUACUCCCUUGUCGUCAUCACGGCAUCACUAGUCUUAAUAAAUCCAGCUGGUCAGCACAGAUCCAAUUGUGACUUUGGAACGGUUUAAUAGAAACUUCAGAACCACCACAGCUCAUCAGUGAUUAGUUCCACAUUUCCUUCUCAGAGCUCUUUUUCUGAUUUGUUGGCUGUUGUGUUGGAUACAAUUAUUUAGUGUUGCUGUGUUUUGUCAGUGAAUGUUUGCAAAUGUUUGUAUUGCUUUGUCAUUUGGUUGUCAUCAUCCCAGAUAAACAGAGUUCUUUAUUUUGUAAUGGUUGAUGGCUUUAAUAUCUA